AUGGUGGAUCACACGAGCGUCUCUGCGAAGUCUGCGCUGGUGAGACUUGAUUUUAAUUCGGAUUAACUCUGUCUGCAUGGGAUCAGAGUUUGAAGUCACUUUUAGGACUUGAUCGGAUUAAGAAAGACUUUAUUUACCUGAUUAAAGUGAUAUUAAUAAAUCAGUCCCUUUGUUCAGAUUGAGAGUGUUGGGGGUAAGAGUUUAGUCUAACUUUAGUCUGAGUGUUUGUGUCAGAUUUAUCAUAAAUUCUGAGUGUCUGUUGUGUUUGUGUGAUUUCCUGUCCUCCUCCUCUUUCUCCGCAGUCAGCCUCCUUCUCCUCCAGCAGCCUCCCUCUCCCGGCUCCACCGGCACCCCCCGGUUCCUCUCACAACUCGUUCCCCGGCUCUCAGAACCAGCAGGCAGGCGGCGGUAUGAAGCUGGAGGCGGUGAUGGAGAACCUGCAGAGGCAGCAGGCGGCGCGGAUCGCCCUGGAAGAGAAGCUCCGACAGGCGGAGGCAGAGAAGGAGCUCCGGUCCAUGGUGGAGUCCCAGAUCCAGCAGCAGGCGCUGGCUUUCAGGCACUACCAAGCGGCCAUGAGAGGCGCUCUGACCGGAGGAGGGAACGCCUCCGCGCCCGGGCUGUCGCUGCCUCUCCUGGAUGUCCGCAGACCCGCAGAGGACCGGAGCGGCUCCAGGCUGGAUCAAGAGGAGCGGGGAGAAGUGGGAGACGAGCCGGACGAGCAGGAAGUCCUGGAUGAAGAAGAAGAAGAAGAGGAGGAGGAGGAAGACGUUGAUCUGAACCACUUUACACCCCGGCAGCCCCCCAUGCAGGGAGCCCCGCUGCACCUUCUCACCCGGGUCCCGUCCGCUAUCCCUCAGACCCGCCGCGCUGAGUCCCCGAACUCCAUCAACCAGAGUCAAAACCAGCACCACGAGUGGACCUACGAGGAGCAGUUCAAACAGGUAGGACCCUGACCCUCACAGACCUCCCCGGACCCCUUAGACCUGCAAGAUUUGUCUACGGAAAGAAAAUAGACUAGUGUUUAGACUAUUGUGUCCCCUGCAGCUUCUCCAUUUAUUUACAACUAAAGGUUAUAAUCAUAUCAAGAGUUACAUUUCUGACAUUCCUAUAUAAGAUUAAUAUAAUUUAGUUUUAGUUGCUGUUAUUAAAUAUAUGCAGUUUUCUUGAAGUUAUACUCAUUACAGAGCUUCAGUUAUAAAUAUAGUGAGAGAGGGAGUUAAAUAGCUGAUGUUAUUAAUCUGAUCUUUUGUUUAAUGAUUGAAAUCAAGAGGAGUUCAGAUUAAACCUCUCAUAUAAUCUCUAUUCUGAGCAGGCUGAACUGUCCUCUUUGAUAAACUCAUCAGGAAUCAUGAUUCUAUUAUAAAGUUUCAGAGUGUAGAUUGAGUUUAAUUGGAGAUUCUGUUUUAAAUAUGAGCGUUAAUUAUUGAUCAGACUGAUAAAUGUGUGAUGAUGGUUUCAUGCAUGAAUAAAUUGAGGACAUUUAAAAGUUGACGACUGAAAUUAAUGAUAUUUAAACUGGAUUAGAUAAUUCUAAAAACAUUUAUUCAAUCAUUGUUGUAUACAGCAUAUACUGUGUAAACUAUAAUUAACAUUUCCUUUCUACUAGUCUGUGAGUUUGCCUCAGCCUAAGACAGCAAAGUAUAACCUGUUACUAUAAUCACACUAUAUUUUUAUGUUUGAAUUGUAGACGUACUUUACUUUUUACAAUACAAACAAAGUUUUAGCUGAGUCAUCCAGUGUAACUAUAAAAAAUCUAAACUUUAAUAGAUGAAAGGUUUUAUAGUACAGUCAUGUGAAUAAAUGAAUAAAAUGAAAAUCAAUUAUUACUUUAAUCAUUAAAUGGACAGGAUAGAUCCUCAGAUUACAGUUACAAUUUUGAAUGUUAAUAUCUAUUAUACUGAUCAUCAUCAUUAAUAUUGAUUAUUAUUGUAAUUAUUGUUAUUUUAAAAGUCAGUUUGUUGACUGGAGUGGUCGGGUUUUGUUUGAUAUUUGUCAGACUCAAGCUUAAAUACAUACAAACAGUUAAAAAAACUGCCUUUUUGACUAUCAAAUAUUAAACGAUCAAUUCUUAAUUAAUCACCUCGCCUAUUUAGUGAUUAGUGAGCGAAAACAAGCUGAUAACCAUACCUCUGACUUCCACAUAUAAUUAAUAAUUUAUUAACUAUUAGCCGAUUUUAUCAAACAUCAAGGAGUCCAUCAGAAAAAAACUUAAACGUGUGGACUGUCAUUAACAACAAAUAAAACAUUCAUGAUGUUCAACAGAAAACAGUUUGAUAAUGGAUAAUAAUAAAAUAAAAUAAAAUGAGUUUUAAAUCAUUAAAAGUAUAAAUAAAUAUGUAGAAUAAUUCAUUUAGGAAGUUAGUUGUGAAAGAAAAUCAUUAAAAUAGUAUUUAAGAUGUUUAUAAAUAAUUUUUAUUUAGAAUAUCUGCAGUGUAUGCGUGUCCAUGCAUGUGUGCGUACAUGUGUGCGCAUGUAGGUGUGUGUGUGUGAUGGUCAUGUUGGGACAAUAAAACACUCGUCUGGUUGCUUUGCAGACAGAGCGGAGCCGACACACACUGAGCCCGCUCAGACUGCAAAAAAACACCACAACCAGACUUUCAAACAAUAAAUUUACAUUCAACACGACUUAAACACAACGUCAAGAAAACAACUUCACAACAUGCGCACAACCUCAACACAUCACAAUAUAUAGACAUGUACAGAAUGACAUAUCUUUGACACAACAUAUGCACAACAAAUCUACAACACAUGCAAUAACAUUAACACAACACGUACACAACAGAUUAACAAUAUGUAAAUAAUAUUGUAGAACCAAAACAAAACUGUACAACCCCAGUUAUAUAUCAAGUGUAAAAUGCAGUAAAAAAAAUGUUGAUGUUUGCAAAUAAUUUAGAGCCAGUGUUUGAUGAAAAAUAGUGCAAAGAGACUGAAACUGAUCAUUUCUAUGUUUUUUUUGUUUGUUUGUUUUAAAUUUUGAAAAGUUGUUUGCCGUUGUGUUGUAUCACCUCUUUUUUUGGUAAUCCUAAGAUCAGUUUCUGGAGGUUAGGAUGUGAAUUGUUGGGCCAUUCUUGUGUGAUGUUAGAUUUUAUCUGCUUUAAAGUUUGGGGUUUCCUCUGUCAAAUACUUAGUUUCAUUAUGCACAAUAUGUUUCCAUCCGGUGACACAAAGGAACUGCAGGCCAGUUCAACACCUGGACUCUUGUACUACAGAGCCAUGCUGUUGUAAUACAUGCUGAAUGUGUUUUCACAUUAUCUUAUGCAAGGUCUUCUCUGAAAAUGGUAUUGUCUGAAUGGCGGCACAUGUUGCUCAAAAAACUGAAUGCAUUGUUUUCCUAGUUAUGUAAGCUACCCAUGUCAUGGGAACUUCUGUACCUCCAUACAAGCACAGAUGCUGGAUUUUGAACCACCAACAAACUGGGUGGUCCCUCUACCCUGAAGUGGAGGGUCGCUGUGUCCAAGAUUUCCAAUACAAAUGUCAAAUUUUGAAUUUGAUAGACGACAGGAGAAUUUCCCAGCUUCACCUCAGUCCAUCUUAAAUGGCCUCUAGUGUUUCUAGAUCAUGUUUACAUGUGGUUUCCUCUUUGCAUGGUACAAUUUUAACCUGCAUUUGUGGAUGAAGGGACAAACUGUGUUCACAGACAAUGGUUUUUGAUGUAAUUUUGAGCCAAAGCAGUGAUUUGCACUAUCGAGGUAUGUCUAUUUUUGAUUCUGUGCCUGAGAGUCACUGAGUGGCUGGUUGUUCGGGUUCCCAACUGUUGUAUGCAUCCCUCUUGCUUAAAAUGUGUUGCUGGUAUCUUAUUUAAAUUAAACAUAUUUUUCAUAAAACAACAGCUCAAAGAUUAAACAUGUUGUGUUUGCACUGAUGUACAAACCAUUACAUUUGGUUUUGUCAACAUUUAACACAGAGUCCAAACUUUCUUGGAAUUGGAGUUGAACACUUUUAUGUCUACAAGAUGAACAGAAGAUGCAUUAAAUUGAAAUUUAGAGAGAGAGAGACAGACAGACAGACAGAGAGAGAGAGAGAGAGAGAGAGUUGCAUAAUUUUGGCAGCUGUUCAACUUUUCCCGGAAACUGGAGCUGGAGGUUUUCCAGCCUGGCUCUCAGCCAAAAACAGGGAUCUCCCUGACUCUGUGUGCAUUUAUGUGUGUGUGCAUGUGUGUGCAUGUGUGUGUCUGUCACAGCUGCAGCUUUCUGUCAGUGGAGAUGUUUCACUGACAUUCCUGGAGUCUUUCACUGUUUGCUUCCACCGUUUAAUGGAGGACCUGCGUGUGUGUGUUUCUGUUGGUGUAGGGACACAGUUAUGGAGACACAGGAGGCUGUAAAGUCAGAGACAGAGCUUGUCUCUGGAUUUAAACUUGAUUUUCUUGUGUGGUUGAACCGGUCAAGGUGUAUAAUGUGGUCCCGGUCAUCAUCUUCGAUCUUCGUAUGUUCAUUGGCUUUUUACAUGUCGCUGUACCUCUGAGUCAGUUAAAAUCAGCACACCAAAGGGAUGAUUCAGUUCAAUGAGAUGAAAUAUGAGUAUUGAUACACUUUGGCUUUGACUUGUUAGGGUGUCAUUAUGUUGCCUCCAUCUGUAGCUGAACAGAGGUGAACAACCUCCUCUAAAAGUUGCCUGGUAAACUUAGCAUUAUGAAUUAUAUUAUGUGUUGUUUUUACCACUCUGUUCUUGCCUGCGUGUUCUCAGAGUAAAAUGGACACUCAUUUGACUGUUGUUUAUUUUUUACAGCUUCUCUGAGUGUUACCUUAAAACAUAGCAGAUCGUAAUCGGUGCAGCUGUUGUCUAAAUAGAGUGUCAUGAAAGCGUAAGUCACCACUGCAACUUUGUCGCAUUUCCCAUGGGGUAGAUAUCGGUUUGAAAACAUGCUGCUGUCAUUGUCAAGUAUAGUCAGACUCUGUGUGAUGAUGCAGAGUUUGUGUCUCUUCUCAGGUGUGAGCAGGUAUCCACACGUGCUAAAUGUAUAAGAUAAAUUGGACUAUGUGUUACAGAGAGCUGAUCAGACGAGAGAUGAUAAAUUUUCAUUUAUUGAUAAGGACAGUUAAAGGAUAUGCUAUCAGUUGAUGAUGACGAUGAUGAUGAGGAGGAGGGGCAAUGUCUGAACCAGCAAAUUUCUAUCCUGUUCUGCUAGCUUUGGGCUAACACUAAUGUAAUUGCCGCUUUCUCUUUAAUUAGACACUCUUUUCUUUAAAGGAGUAACGUCUCUGUCACUUCUGUCAUUUAACACUGUCUGCUUUGUAUGCAGUGACUAGGAUUUGACAUAUAAACCACAAAACCAUCACUCCAAACAACACAGAAUGUUUUGAAACCUUCAUAAUAAAAUGGGCUGUGGAUGACACAAUAACUGCAGACUUCUCUAUGUUGUGACUGGGACAAUUCAUGUUAAGUUUCAUCAUGAGAUCAUGUUUAAAAUUUGUCUUACAGUUGAUGUAGAUAUCUUUUCUACAAACUAUACGAUUAGCAGAUUAAUUUACUAUCAUUCUUUACAUUAAGUUCACAUUAUUGAUUUCUGGGGUUGAGGCUUUAAAAUGCAUCGCUUAUUACCCUGUGAGUCUUUUACAAAACUGUUAUAAAAGUUAAACAGUUAACAUCCUUGUAUUGCAAGAUUAAAGACACCAAACACAGAAUGCAGACAUAACACAGCGAAACCUCAGUCGACCAAAUCACAGCUUUAAAAUCAUGCCAUCAGCCAGUUUGCACGACAUUUUAUCGAUCCAGGGGUGAGUCUUUAAUUCCCUACUUGAUACGACAUGGAUGAACCAUACAAAUAGUUUGGACAAGCGUACUUAUCUAGUCUGGAGUAUGUGAGUCAGCAGCUGCCCAUUCUCCGUUACAUGAAAAGCUGUUAUAGUUGCAUUUAGAUCCACAAUGCCUUUUUUUAACAGGUUUUUCUCAACUUGAAACUUCUCUUUUCUGUUGAGCUUCAGUACGACUGUUUUAGUGAAAUACCAUUGAGAUGGAGCCACAUACUUUGGUUCUAGUGUUUCUAUCAUUUAAAGAAAGCCCCAUUUUUCAACAACAUUGAACAAGCCGACGUCUUUAACCAUGAAGUAGGUGACAGACUGGAUCAGUGUGAAUCGUCUUCUUUGUUAGGAGGGUUCCUUACUGAGUGAAUCAACCCAGAAAUGUUUAAGUGUCAGCCAUGAUGAGAGCUGUUUAUUUCCCCAAAUGGUGAGUAAAGGAGGUUCAUUGCUUCUCUCACUAUCCUCAGACACUCUGAAUCAUUCCUCAAAAAAAGGAGAGGAGUAAAAAUGAAAUGAACAAAUUUUGGUGCCAAAGUUACACCCCUCUCAACCGUGCAUGACGACAAACAAUCGGCAUGACAACAGCUGAUUUGAAACUUAUUUUCUCUUAAUUAAACCUAUGAUUCAUAUGUCAAUUACCUUUCAUUCAGUAUAAAUCAGUGCAGUCAAACAUUGCAAAGAUGAAGUAUGUUUUCUGUUGUUUUCAACAUGAUAAACUACCAUUAUUUAAUUGAAUAAACAACCACCUGAGAAGGUGAAAGCAGUCCUAUCAGAGGUGCUGUGUUGGGUAGGCAGACACAGGUGUGCAGCAGGGGGAGGGGCUUGGCAGAACAAAGUGAAAGAGAGAAAUGUUUGUGCAAAGCAUGUUUUGAGGAGAAGGAGGCCAGGAGGCAAUUUUUUUUUUUUUUUUUGUGGGAUGGUAGGGGAAGGUCCCGCCCUCCUUCGCCUCUGAUUGGCUGGAAGUGCUGGGCUCCGAUUGGUUAUUCCUUAUGGCUGUGAAAUGUUAUCAUCUGUCAGGUUAGAGUAAGGGUAAGAGAUUUAGAAGUGCGAUAAUGGUCUGUAAUGUUUUGUUUGUUGUACAGAGCCGACUUGCGUUUGGCUUGAGCGUGUGAUGACGUUUCCAGCUUUUCUGGCCAAUCAGAGGCGAAGAAGGCGGGACUUUCCCCUACCAUCCCACAAAAAAAAAAAUAUUGCGGCCAGGAGAAUUCCAAAACCAGGAUAAUUGAGUUGCUUCCCUUUUUUCUCUUCCUGUGGUUUUUACAAUGCAUUGCUUUCCAGUCUUUUUUAUUUAUGUCUAGAUUCCAGUUACCAUUUUAAAUAAUGUAUUAAGGAAUCUGAAUUGGGAUUUUGUGGAUUUUCCAUGUGUUUUUUAGAGGAAUAAACUACAGUGUUAAACCAGACACUAAUUUGAUUUUAAUCGUAAUUCUUUUAUUUCAACAUGGUGUAAAAAAAUAGGCAUUGUAGUAUUCACUCAUGUAAAAUUUGUCAGUAUGUCUUCUCAGAUUUUGAGAUUUUGUCAUGUUAUUUUCAUUAGAGACAAAGUGCAAAUCUUUUAAUCAAAUGUAUGCAUCCAACUUUUCUACAUCUUUAAAAAAGACUGGAUCUCUCCCUAACUUAUUCUGCCUUUCACAUAACCGGGUUAGCUCUGGUUGGAUUUCAGUCACUAUUGAACUCUUAAGUCUCAUUUUUAUCUGUUGACCAAGUUUCUUGUGCAUCAGUUUUUAUUGAUCUGAUUUUUUUCUGGAAAAAAACCGAAUAUAAAAAUAUUUAAUUGCUGAAAUUAACACAGCUUAAUACCUGGAGUCCUGCUUGUUCAGUGGAUAUUUGAAUGUUUGACUCUCUGAAACUUGAACCACACAUUUGUGAGAGGAGGGGGAGGACUCACUGACACACACAUACCCUGAAAGAGAUAAACACACAGAGCUGCAUGAGCUGUAUGCUGUCACAGAUUAAUGUGGGUGCAGGUGUGUGUGUGUGUGUGUGUAUGUGUGUGUGUGUGUGACAUUCCUGCAGCAAACUGAGGGGCCUCAGUGUCUCACAUGUUGCAGACGAGCAGCCGUGUGCAGGCUCAGCUCGUCUCUGUCUCUGCCGGGUUGAGGAUUGAGGGUAAUCUGGAUCUCACAGAUCAGGUGUAACAUAUUAACCUCUCUGAUAAUCUGCUCACUCUGUUGUCAUAACACCCCACCGCACAGCCAACGUUACACCUGGAUCAAGUGACAGAUACAGCAGGUGUUCACAAACACACACAUGCAUACAGAGAGGCAGAAUGUGUGAGUUUUAAUUCAUCAUGUUGUAAGAGUGUGUCCUAUGAGCCCCACUUUUAAAUUCAUCUAAAUCCAAGCACGCUAUGUUGGAGUUGUGGUUCACGAAUCUUGAACAGCAAUUGAUCAAAAAAAAAGAAAAGAUGUAAAGGAGACGGAGGGUACAGCAGCUAAAUCAGGGCAGAUGGGGAUACCAGAAAUGUUUGAAACGUAGGAGAUCACGAUGCUACCCAGCAGACCAAUCACAGGUUUUACAGUCUGCACCUUUUUGACAUGUAGUUGUGAACUUAUGUUGUACACGACUGAACAGAUUCAACACAGGAGCAUGAAUCAGACUGAAGUUGGUACCAGGCUGCAUGGUGGUGUGGUUGUUCUUUUGUGUGUUUACCCUGUGAGUGAAGGGAGUCCAAUGUGUGGGUUCUCUCUUGGUACUCUGGCUGUUUGUCACUGUCAGCCAUGCACAGGCUGUUCAGGGUGCCAAUGACAGCUGGGACUGGCUCCAGCGCCUUGUGACCCCCAGUGGGUUAAGCUGUACGCAAAAUGGAUAGAUGAUAGUUGGCGUCAGCACGUCCAAUUCAUGAGUUUCACGUGACGUCACUCUGCAUAUGCUGCACCAUCUUUAGGACCAGCCUCAUACUGGAUGUCAAUCAGUGCUCCCGGCACUUGUGUUUGAUGGAGUGUUAGGGAAAAUAAAAGUGGCAUACAUACUCCAACAUUGCCAGUUUUAUCUGGAUCUAUGUGCACACCAAUAGUUUUGAAGACAUUGUCGUAUAAAUAAUUGACAGGUUAGACUUUUCGGUAACACUUUUCAAUAACCAUAAUCUCUAAAUGGUAAAUAGAUAGUUUAUUAAUGUUUAAUCAUCAUUUAAAAACAGCAUAUAGACCAAUUAUAAAUGCCAAAUAGAUAGUUUAUUAAUGUUAGUUAAUAGUUACUUUACCAUUAACAAGCAAUGAAAUUAUGAUCAAUAAUUUUCAUCAACUAUUAAUGGACUAUUAAUUAAAGGAUUAUAUAGGGUUUAAAUGUUGGUUGUAAAACAUCUAGAUAAAAAUUUGUGUCAGUAGCACUUUGUAAAUGGUUAAUAUUUGUUUUUUAAACCAUCUAUAAACAUUACUUAGAUGGUUAUUGUAAAGUUAGGGUUAGGUUUUUAAAACUGUAAAAUUUACAAUUUAUUAAUGGUCUAUAUACUAUUUUUAAAUGAUGAUUAAACAUGAAUAAACUAUCUGCUUACCAUUUAUAAAUGGUCGUUUUACCAUUUAUAAGUUAUGGUUAUUGUAAAGUGUUACCGACUUUUCCGUGUUUAUUAUUGGGGACAUAUUUGUCCAAACAAGACCUGAGUCCGGAGUCUUUACAGAGGAUAAGGUUUACACUGAACUGAUGAUGGUGUUUAAGGGCUGAUGAAGGCACAAUUGCAUGUUUGCAAUCAACACUCAGUGUCUGCGGUUUCAAUCAGUGUUUAUUGUAAUUUCUUCUGUCCGUCUGACUGCCAGGUGUUCAGUUUGAGAUCACUCAGCAUUAUCUACCCCCACACACAGAAGCAGACCUGAUACCGCCUCACUUUAUUAGGUGUGAAUGACAGGGGGACAUCAACCUAACAAUAGCUGCUGCUCAUGUUUCCUCUUGUGCACGCUGCAGAGAGAUGGAAAGAUGAUCCUCUGUGUGCUGAUAGAAGGUGUGAGCUGACACUCUGCUGGGAGGGGGGAGGGGUGUCAGGGACUCGGAUCCAGGUUAAACUCUGCAGAGAGACCAGCUGGGAUGAACUCAAGGUCAGAUAACAGGGGAGGCGCCUCUUCUACAGGACAUACCAGUGAGGAUAAACUAUUAUUACUGCUACCAACCUGACAGAUAGACCGGGAAGUGAAAAUGAACAGGCAGGUACCAAAAAAAGGUCCUUGUCAAGUCCAAAUAUCUUAAACAGGAGGUACCUUGGAGGGUCCUGAUCAGAUACUUGAGCCAGAAAAGAGAGUCAUGGCCCCCCUCUGGAUAUCUGAGUUUACCAUCCUGUCACCUAAAGCAAACUCACUCAAGGCCCAGAUGUCUGGUAUCACACCUAUGCAUGAUUGUUGUCACUACCAUUAAAAUGAGCCUGAGCCCAGAUACCUCCUGUACUUACAAUCACCAUGACAUUCAGUGCCUUGACAUGCAGAGUCAUACAGCCCGAUCAGGGGAUUUGUCCUUAUCCCAUUGUACAAGCACCAGGUCCUCCUAUAAAAGGAAAACUAUAUCCCCAUAAAGCCUCUCAGCAGAUGGGAGCAUGAAGUGCUUCAAAAUCACCCUGCAUUAACUCUGGACUUUAUAAAACACACUAGACAAACACCAGCAGAUACCGUGACACCCCACAUCAUAACAGACUGUGGAAACUUCACACUUGACUGUCUGAAUUUACCAGUAUCUAUAAUAUUUCCAUAAUAUUUAUCCAUAAUUCCUUUUUUUCACCGAACUCCUUGUCUGUGAAUACAUGCAGCUGAAAAAAAUUGAAUUAUUGACGGGACUGUGUCCUCCUCCCCAAAACAAGGGGGCAAUAUGGGUCUUUUCCUGGUACUGUUUCUGACCCCAUACAACUGUCAACAACAACAGCAGGUUAGUGCUAGACGUCAGAAGUGGCUACAGCUGCUGCUGGGCAUUUUCAAGCAAGAAGAUGGAGCUUCGUACAGCGUUGUUUUUGUCGUACAUGAUGUAUGGGCUACUUUUUCUGCAGAUGAGGUGCACGCUACUCCUCUUCUCUGGUGUUUUUGUACCGGAGUUACGGGGGCAUGGCGCACUCACACAUGCAUUGUCCGAUCAUACUCCAACUACGCUAGUUACAUGGUAGAGAAAAUCGAAUUCCAAUCGCAUCACUUGGGUGUCUUAAUCGGAGUUCUCAAACUCUGAUUAUAGUCAGACUGAGGUGUUAACAUGCACUUCAGUUGUCAGGUCUUAGACAAUAAUUCGGUUUUCUCGAGUGUUAUGUAAACGUACUGACUGAUGCUUCCUCUGUUUUUUAUCCUGGAGUCUUUGCUGUUGCUCUGCCUGCCUUGGGUUUUCAUGUGUGAAACAGAGGAAACGUGUGCUCCCCUGCUUUAGACUUUGGCAUUUCACAAAAACACAUGGGAGGCUGAGGAGUUCUCAGCACAGAGCCUUACCACCCAAUAUAACUUAUUGCAUGAUAUAAAGUUAAACAUACCUGAACAGAGCCAGAACACAUACCACAAAAACAGUAAAAACACAGUUUGUCAUGAACUGAUCAGUUAAGCCUAACCCUAAUCGAUAUUCACCCAGUAUAUAUUUGGUGUGUCUGUGCAAAGAAAAUGGUGUGUCUUCCUGUCUUUGUGUGUGUAAUCAGAGGAAAAACGACAGGUGUAAUUUAUGAGCAGUUGAGAGGGGGGACCAGGGGGAAAUAAGGGGGUCACUGAGGUACGACUUGAUCCUUAUGAAUAAAGUCUAAAAUGAAUCCUGGUUUAUGGUCUGAAUGGGACUGUUUCUAUCUGCUGACACAUGGCGCACACAUACACACGGGAACUAAAAAUCAAUAUUGACCGCGACUGGAAAAAAAGCCAACAGAGACCCCGUAAUCUUUAAGGGAGGGGUCAGCAGGAAGAGUGGUCAUGUGACCAGAGGACCCCUCCAGGGAGAAACUCUGAGAAAAAAUACAGAGGGGAGGAGAAGAAGAAAUCUGUCUGAUAUCUCUAGAUACUUAUGUUCUUGGCACUGAUAUGUAGAUAGCAGGAAAAAUGGGUAAGCCUAAGGAUGCUAUCGACUUUGACAAGGACUGAACUGUGAUGAUUUGACAGAUGGAUCAAGAGGCAGCUCUAGUGGGGUAUGACUGGUUUGUAAGAGUCAGUACCUACCAAAAGUGGUACAAGGAAGAAAUUGUCCUUAAAGGCUAGAUGAUCAGGACACUUAAACAUUUCAUGCUUUAAAAGAGAUGAAAAUUAUUAAAGAGAUGGUGCAGAGUCUGUCUGCUUCAUUUUACACAAGUCAAAAUCGAGUCAGAGCAAAUUAACUUUGGACAAAAAUACCACAAAUGGAGCCAGGAAAGAAUGACAAUGUUAUUUUGAAAUCUGAAGCUUUUUAUAGAUGGUCUUAUUCUUAUGAUGUUUUUCAGUAAAAGCAGGACUUAAGCAUUUCUAAUACAUUGAGAUAUGUGAAUGAGUUAUACACAGAGAGUGAGGAUGUUUUUAACAGAGUGUUUGGGCUGAUAUUAAUUAACAGAAGGAUAUUAGGAGGGUGUAUUUCCUGUGUAGUGUGACUGUAUGUGUCUGUCUGCCUGUGUGUCUGUCUGUACAUUGACUUUUGACCUACUUUGAGGGGCUCUAUGUGAAUUGGUGUUAAAGCUGUAAUCUGGUCAGAGAUCACUGAGGAUCACCUCCAGAUUAAAACAACAGAUUAGUGAUGGAGCACAUGAGACUCAGACUCUUAUUCUGCAGGUCUGCAAGAUGUUUGCUGAUCUUUAAAUGAACGUGAAGGUAUCUUCCUGUCAACAGAGGUGGUUUUAGUCUGAGGAAGCUGAAGAGUUGUAAAAUAAAUUUUAACAUAAAGUUUUGUAUCAACUGGUGUCAAAUCAGCAGCUAAUUACACUAAUCUCUUUAAUCCAGUUUUCAUGGCAGUGACCUCUAUGGUAGCACUACCUGUGCAUAUCAACCCUAACAACAACUAUUAAAUUACUAACCACCAUCCAAUCUUUUCUAAUAAUUAACUGCUAACAAACCAUGCCCUGCACAAACUAAUGACUGACAACAGCUGUCUAUAACUAACAAUUUACUAAUGAACCACGCAAUGAACAACCACAAUGAACCAUUUUCUUAUAACUCGCUCACUCAUUUGCUGUCAAAUAACUAGCCUUUGAUUAACAAGCAUUACUAGGACUGUCACACACUGUCUAAUAAAUAAAAUUAACUAACUUCUUACUGACCCACUAAAUACCUGCCACAAACUAACUUGCGAUGUAGUCAUCACAAAUACUCUGAGCUAGCUCACUUGCUUGCCAAAACUAACCCUGUUCCAAAAAUAACUUACUCCCUUGAUGACUAAACAACUUAAUUUCUAAAUGGCAAAGUAACUUACUUUGUAUUGUCGUCACCCUCUAGCUUACUAACAAAUCCCACGAUAACUGUUAAGUUACUUUUUAGUUGGCUUUAUUUAUUAGCUCAGAAUUAAUGCUGAUUACUAACUUACAACUUCCUAAUUUCCAUAACCAGUAGUUUUUUAAUUCAUUAUUUACUCACAUAACAAACAGUGUCUCCUAACUGACAAACCAUGUCUUUGAGCGAACCAACAAGCUAAUUUUAGCUAACUAACUAACUAACUAACUAACUAAACUAACUAACUAACGAACUAACCUACCUGCUUACUGGCACAUCCAUGACCUUCACUGCCUAAUAACUGAAUUUUAAAACACCUGGAUAACAUUAUGUGUAAAAGCUGAAAGCUUUCGAGCUUAAGUAUCUGAACCAAUCCAAACAAAAAAUUGAGUUAGGACUAUAAAGGAAGGCAUCCUGUCAAUAAUCUGAUCUGACACUUCCCUCAUGCAGCAGUUUCAGGUAUUUAAAAUGACAAGAUAGAGUAAUGUCGUUGUUGUUGUUGAUUGGCUGGUCUGUCUUUUGCAGAUCAUUUACAGACACAAGUUGCUAUUUCAAUCUAUUUUACAAACACUUAAAAACUCCUAACAGGGGCUUUAACUACAACUAUUACUAUCAUACUAUCACUACAACACACCCACACCCACAUACGUCUCAUCUCACAGACGUGGUGUUGACUGUUUGACAGUUUCAACUGUCAUGCUGAGUCUGCAGCACCUCCAAAAUAAAAUGCUGAUAAUCUCAGACACCCGGCUAACCGCUAACAAUGCUAACUGCCUACACUUAGUCCUAUUAUCGGAUUAAAUAACGUGGAACCCACUUUUAUUGAACAACAGAGAGGAAAACAGAGGAGCUGUAGCACCAUAAAGAGAGAUGAACAAGCAUUGAAAAUCACUCAAACCAAAGUGAAAGUGACAUGCAAAUAACAAAACCAUCUACACUUACAGCGGCAGUUACAAACAAACAAGCAGCAUAGGUAUUUUUAAAACAAUGACUCAGACUUUGAAGCAAAAAGAGGAAAAACUCCAAGGCACUCUCUUCAUAAUAUUAAAAUGGCAUGGUCAUGUAGACCUUAAAAGCAAACUUCAACGCGUUUCGGCAUCAAGCCGGCAUCUUAUUGCGAUUUUUUGAUCAAUACUGGAUUGUAAUUUAGCAUGCAAUUUUUGGGAGGAAGUCUAUUAUUUUCUGCAUUAUUCACUAAACAUAAGCAAUAAAUCAGUCUAUAGUAUGACCAACACAAAAUUUGAUAGUCAACUCUUUCCCUACAUGUUAUAAUGAAUUGAAUCAAUGAUUUUCAGCUGAGAUUGAGACAUAAUAAAGUGAGACCUCUCCUGAGGUGUGUUUGCGAGUGUGCAUGUGAGGUCGAAGUCUUCUCAGCUGUUAAUAUAAAGUAAUUUUUGUCAGCCUACUAGCAUCGCUGUUAAAUAUUUCACUAUUAAUCACUCACACACAUAAAAAUGCAAACACAUACACUCUGGCCUUAUACUAUAAUAAAUAACCAGCAAAAACUCUGUGAAACAACAGUUACUUAUUAAUCUUUAACACAAUGUUCUGUUUUUCAUUGUUUUUCACGGCUUAAUAUAAAAAUGUGUGACUCAGUCAUUAAUCUGAAGGUCCAAGGUUAAUUUCUCUGGGAUAAAAACACUGCUGUAGGUCAGUCUGUCUGUCAGUCUGCCUGCCUGUGCUGAAACCACAGAUGAACCAGUGUCAGGAGAUGUUAGGGACCAUGAAGCCAGUUACUGUCUCUGUAAACUCAAGCUUUCUGCUACUGAUUUUAUCGCAUGCCAGAGGCCUCUGUUUAUUUAUAUAUGACAACUCUUCAACCUCAACAAUGUUACACUUGACUUUUUUUUAAAAAUGAGAUCCCGUCUAAUACCUCCACAUCAUAAAAAUAUUGAAAUAAAGAGGCCUGAUGAAAAAAAGACCUAUUACCAAAAACCUAUUCAACACUUCGCUUUGUUGCCUCUUUAUAUAAAAUCAGACACAGUGUCUGGGAGUUACUUUUUACACAAAUUUUAUAAAGCAUUAAAAACCUGAACGCAUGUAGCUUCCCAUUUUGCCACAAUCACUAUAGCUCAUCAGCUGCUGUUCUAAUGUUACUUACAGUGUGUUGUUGUCAUGACAGGUCUUUAUAAGUUGAACAGCCCCAGGUUUCAGUAAGACACAAGGUAGGCUUGUACUGGCCUUUGUUUACAAAGGAAUCCUCCACACGUCUUCAGACGAGACAGAAGCUGGUGAAUACGCUUGGUUAUGUCACCAUCUCUGUAUCUCAUGUUAUGAAAUUUCGCCACUGUGAACAGUCGACAUUGUAACUGUAAACACACUGAGAUAUUUGAGACCCGGUAUGUGACUAAAGUGAACUUCACACAAGAUAGUUAAAGACCUGAUAUUGUGUUUUUCACUGAUUAAAUUUGAUGUUUUUGUGAAGCACUUUGUAACUUGGUUUUGAUAAGUGCGAUAUGAAUAAGCAUUAUUAUGAUAACCACUGGGCCAUUCUCAGUCUGAUACUCAAACAUGAGCUCAGAAACAGUUUAAUCAGUGGUUUCACACUCAUCCUGUCAGCAAUACUGGGACUGAGUGUGUAUUUAUGUGUGUGCUAUUGAGAACUGCCUCUGCAGGACUCUUUCACAUUCCUCCUUCACACAAUCAAACACACCUUCUUCAUUUCUACUGUCAGUGAUCUGACAAUUACACUGUUAAAAUACAAAAAAAGUUAUGUAAUAAUAAAAAAUCACGCAGAGGAAUAUUUCCCAACCAGUAAGGUUAAUUUGCAACAACGCUCUGUAGUGGAAUUCACUGCAUUGGCUCAUAGUCACCUUUCAAAACAAAUGAAACCAUGAAAAAAGGAAAACUAUAUGCAAACAAAUUUUCCAUUUUGGUUUCCAGACACUUGUAUUUGAGUUCGUUAAAGAUUCCUUUUAGAUAUUUUCUGGCUCAGAAACUUUCCCCCUCACUGUCUAAAGAGCAAAGCACGGUGCAGUAUCUGCCAUGUGAAUCAGAGUUUUAAUAUCAGAGCUCUGACACUGAUUCACACCUCCAUGGUUCAGUAACACCGGUCCAUUCAGCAAUUGAGUUUCAUAGCUCAGAGGACAGCUGUGUGUUUAAGCGUUGUGCAUAGUUUCAGGCAGAGAUCACUGUCUGAUCAGAGUCAGCAGGAACAUGAGGCGUUGGCAUAGACGCGCUGAACAUUAAAGAGUCAAUGAUCCAUCGCAAAAGGAACAUCUUAACCUCGGGAGAGUCAUGUCAUCACCUGCGGGACACCUGUGAGAGAGGACAGAGUGACAUUUUGUUAUACUGAGCCUGUUUGUCAUUAAACCCACAUAAAAAAUCUAUUAAAGCACAGAGUCAGAGGGGAAUGUUUACCCUAGUAUGUGGUCUGAGUUAAUGAGUCUGUUAGCAAUAACGCAGAAUCUGUACAUUCAGUCCCUCAGUACAGUUAGUGUUAGUUUAAACUAUAAUUAACCUACAGACAGGUCAUACAAUGGUGGGAUUAUUGUAGAGUUCGAAUGCGGCAAUGCUCAUUAAAACUUCAGUGAGGUUACCACCAAUUUUUGCGUAUAAGUGUAUCUUUCUCUAAUUGAAAACACAACAGCUCAUUUAAAUGUAUGCACACAACACCCAACCAUAUUUAGAGUGGUGGAGUGUGUGAAGUCUUUGACAUGUUAAAGUUUUCCUGCAAAUCACUUUAGAUCAGAGGGCAGACAGAGCAUCAGCAGUGUGUGUAGGUGUGUGUGUGUGUGUGUCGGAGAGAGAAAGUAAAGCAGAAGUGUGCUGUUUGUGGUGGCGGUGAGCCAGCUGGAUGGCUGCCAGCAUGACGAGACAGCAGCAGCUCUAUGUUUACUCUCACACAGACAGUCUGACAUAGUUAGUCAGUAAAAAUGAAGGUUUUGCAAAACUCCUUUCAAGGUGUUGAUUUUUUAAAACUCUGUUCUGUCUCUGUUUGUGUGGACAGCUGAAACACAGGUUUUGGCAAACACUCACGUGCCAAGAUUGCGGGCUGAUAGUUUAUUUACAUCUGCCUGGUACUGUGGAGUUUAGCUGCAUGUUCGCAAGAAAACCUAUAAUAUUUUUCAUUAUCCUGUGGAGCAAAUGAAUAAAUCACACUCAACAUUUUUGAAGUGAACUGCUUGAUCAAGAAGAUGGUCAAUACACAUGAGCACAAUGUUCGUCUAUGCCUUUUGGAGGGAAUGAAUGAUUACACAUUGAUGCUACUUGUUUGGCAUGCUUAUGUCCUUUCAAAUAUUUCUGCAUUUCCUCAGGGACAGAGAAAUUAAGAAACACGUGGUGUGGAGAGAAAUUAUGUUGAAAACAUCAAAAAUCAAAAAAUAGUUCGAAACAUCUGUAUGUUUGUGGUCGUAGUUAUGCUGCGUUCCAGUUAUCUCGGAAGUUGGAUGUCAGAGCUGGGAAUGACACUAUACCAGAGUUGACUGCGUUCCAGUGAACAAAUCAGAAAACCAAGAUGGACGCCUACUGUUAGCAGUUGUUAGCUGCUGUUAACCAUUGUCAGCUGUCGUUAGCCGUUGUCAGUCGUUGUUAGCGGUUGUCGGCUGUUAUUAGCCGUUGUCCGCUGUUUUUAGCUAUACCAGUUGUAAACAACGCAUAACACAGUAUUUUACUCUUACAAACACCAUAGUACCGUGUUCACAUUUGGGCAGUACAACAUAGACCACUUAUUUAACUCACAAAAACAAAACAGAAGUGCUAAUAGAUAAUACAUUACGAGAGCUAGCACUGCUAUCUUUUACGCUGUGGUCAAGUUGGGGUUGGUGAGAAUCGGCCAUCUUUCCAAGUUGGAAAUCCGACUUCUGGGGGGCUUUCAAGAUGACUUUCCUACAAGGAACUUCGAAAUUCUGACUUCCCAGUACAAAUAGUUUCAGGAUAUUUAUCUGUGUUGGGAUGUCACUGUUAUGGUUGUCAUGGUUACAGCUUGAGUCGAUAAACCAGUUUAAAGUAGAUGUCACAGUUAUGUCAGAACAGUUGCAGCGGCCAUAGAAGAAAACACUGGAGGGAUGUAGAAACUAAGAGAGGUUGGCUAGAUCCCUUUCAUUAAAAUAAAAAUCUCUUUUGAAAAAGGAAAAAAAAAAUUCAGAAUACUGUCUAAGAGUAUUUUAUUUUGAGUCUGAAGAAAUGACUAUUUAUCAGUUUAAAUAGCAUCCAUCUCUAGGUGUAGUUCGCCAUACAAAACAAAACUACUAUGGGGUAAAAUGCUAACUUGACAGGUGGUUUACGAUAUUUAAAUAUUUUGAGGUGCAGCCUAGUAUCAGUAAGUCUCAACUAUUAAUGAAAUAAUGAGAUGUAGUUAUGAUACAGGACACUGUCACACAUUUAAAAAAAACAAACAUAUUUAUAUCUCUUUCUUCUGUAAGAUUAUCUUAUGUGAUCUGGUAUCAAUUGUGCCAGUUUUUGCAACGGUAAGGUGCACAAAAUACAGGCAAAGUGCUUGUUCUCUGUUGACUCAGGUCAGCUCUGGUCCGAACCUCAUCGAAGGAGAUACAUCCAGUUUGGCCUUGAGGCUGAAUUACGCUCCAGCACAGAAUGAGGCAUCUACGUAUAUAAGGUCUAUAGUCCCUUUGGCUUUGUCUUCCUCGUUGUACACAUUUUAAUGCUUGAAACUGAAUGUACUUUUCUGUGAAGUGUGUGUGUGUGUGUGUGUGUGCGCACACAUGCGUGCGUGUGUCUGUGUGUGUGCACGAGUAUUCUAUAUAUUUAUGCACACUUCAGUCCCUGUAUGCAGGCAUUGAUUGUGCUGCAUUGUCAUGUGUGCGUUUGUACACUUAACAUUGCUGUUCUUUACCUUUCAAUAUUCUGCUCUGUGUAGGCUGCCUGCUGGGAACUCACACACUUACACACACACACACCCACGCAUGCACGCACGCACGCACGCACACACACACUCUUCCUUUAUGACCCCCCUCCCCCCGGUUCCUCCUGAGUGCUGACCUGCGCUGCUCCUUUAAUAUUGGUGACAGCUAAUACACUUCUAAAUGAUCUGUUAUUAUCUCCGAGGCCUCGUCCACGGGGCCCCACUGUGUCCAAAGGUCAUCUUUCUGUCUUGUAUUGAUUAAGGUGGUCUGUUAGCCGAGGGUCCGAUCACUCUGAACACACUAACAUAUUUCUAAAAGCCUCUGUGACUGUCUCUGCACGACAAAUACAGGACACAUUCUGCAUAAUGGACUUGCCGAUAAAACACACACACACACACACACACACAAAUGCACACACAUGUGGGUUUCCUGCUGAGAUUGCUCAGCUUUAGAUUCUUAGGAUUUGAAUGUAGCAUAGAAUAAAAGACAUACAAAAACCGAGCAAAUGAAAAAAAGUUUGAGGAGUUAACUGGUUAUUAUUAAACUGUCUAAAAAUAGCUUAUGCUAUAUAAAUUAUUACAGAAUUGAUUUAUAUUGAACUUCAUAGUACUGAAAACAUUUAUAACAGCAAUAAAAGAUAACUAAUUUUUAAAAAGUCUGUAACUCAGUCAAAGAAAUAUUGAAGUCUCUAAAACUGCAGUUCCUGAAGUGUCCACUAAAGGCUCACUUGCGGUGAGUCACACCCAUAGACUGUAUAUACUACGGACAACUUGGUUCCGCCUUCCACCAGUGUGCAGAUUUGAAGCCGAAAAGCUCUCGGUAAUUCUGCGUUUUUUCUCCACAAUCUUCGUACGCCCAUAAGCUGUAUCAAGUGUCAAUCAUAGAAAACAUGAACCCCCUGAUAACUUUUAAAAAUGGAGCUGUACAGAAAAAAGAGGACUUGAGCACAAACCAGUCUUACAAUAACUACAUGUCAACAUCGCAAGCAGGGGGAGAAAAAAUUAUAUUCUGUGUAAUAAAUUUCUAAAGUUUGUCCACAUCCCCAUAAGGAUGGCUGGAGGAGGCGGGAUUUAUGACCUAUACCGCAGCUCAUCGCCAGGGUGUGCUGUUCUCAGAGUAGCUUCACCCAGCGAGCAUCCAUUCUAUAUACAGUCUAUGAUCAUACCCCACAGAGUCCCAUCUUAAAAUAUCCAACUUUAUAAUAUAAAUAAAUAUGACAUUCUUAAAACUCUUAAUCAAGGUUUUAUUUGUAGAUUUAAAAUGUUUGAAGUGCAUCAAAACUGUCUGCAUUGUUGUUGGUAGAUGUCUCCAUUAGCCUAGAGAACAACAGAAUGGUUCCAUGAAAAUCAUCCCAAAUUUAUCCGUGACUUCUACUUAUGAUUAACAGAAGGAUUACAAUAUGUAAACUCUUUCUCUGAAACUUCUGAGAUUGAUUGAUAAAAUCAGAAACCCUUCCUCUUCACAGAGCAAAAAAACAUACACAGAAGAUAAAACUAUUUCUGACCACACAGCGUUUUCCUACUAUUGUUCCAGAGGCAAGGUGUGUGUUACUCUGUGUUUAUAUGGGGUUCUUAAUAGUGAGCUCAAGGCUACUCGCAGUCUUGUCUUUAAGGAAUUCUUUGUCCUCGUCUGGGUGUAACGGUGAAAACAAGCACAUGCACACACACAUGCACAACUGACUAACUGGUAUGUUGUCUGUGUUUCAGCUGUACGAGCUGGAUGAUGACGAGAAGCGUAAAGAGUUCCUGGAUGAUCUUUUCAGCUUCAUGCAGAAACGAGGUGAGAGAAUAUUCAUCCCACCCAACAUCAGCCUCUGAUCUGAGAAAACCUUUACACUCAUCUUAAUCUUCAGCUGUUGAGCCAGUUUACAUUUAACAUGAACCCCAUUGUUUCCACCUUUUCCAUGAUGUUUGAUUUCCUUACAUUUAUCAUCUUCAGAAGAUAAAACACAUUAAAAGAUGCCUGUCUACAUAAUCUUUUGCCUGUAAAACCAAGAUAAUAAUCACACAAUAAGACACCAUCUAGAAAAGUUUACGAUAGUCACUUCUACAUGACGUUCAAAAACUCGAUUGAUUUCAUCAGUCAGACUGAAGUCGUAACAAAUUGACCUACUCACAGUUAGACUAACAUCCCUAGAUGAUGUGGUUUCUCUUCCGUGUUUACACAUAAUUGUUCCGAAACUGGCUGAAGUGUUCUGCAGAUGCUGCAGAGUUUGCACGCUGGGCUUUGACCCAGAAGUUGUGCAGCAUAAAUGUGCUACUGGGAAGCAGGAUGGUAAACAAAACCUCAACAGAAGAAGAAAAGACGAGAAAGACACAGCUGUCGAAUCAUGGGUUAGAGAGGUACAGAGCUGUUUUUAGGUUUGACAAACAUCCCUUUGGCCACUAAAUAACAAGUGACAAAGUAGAUCAACGAGGUAGUGAAAGGUAUCCUGUCAUCAACUACCUACUGUCAAUAAAUACUGUAGAUUCUUGCCUGAUGCUUACUAACUAGGACAAGGGCAGUCGUCCAAUUAAACUACCUAAUCAAACUAUAACCAUAGCUCAACUUAACUUUAGGUGACCAGACAUACCUGAGGACAGUCUGAGGAUAGUCCCAGUUUUGAAUGACAUGUUCUCGGCUAGACCAAAGCAACAUUUAUUACGUUAGCUGGGUAGGUAGGUAAAGCAAGUGAGCAUGUAGCGCAACAGUUAUUAAGAGGAGGAAGCGCUAGUAGCAAGUUGAUGUCUGUGAUUUCAUUCCAGAAAUCUGGUCACUUUAACCUAACUGUUCAUGUAAACCUACAUACUGUGUUACUGAAAAUAUCUCUCCAUCAGUCUGUCAUGGUCGUAUCUCGACCAUGGUAUAACUAGAGAAGCAAGCGGUCGGCAACAUUCAUCUCUCGAGGGAGUGUCUAUCUCAGUGUUACGGCGUGUUUGACCCUAAAUUAAUUUUACGCCGGAAUAUCCCUUUAACAUUGUUACAAUGAAAGUCAAAGGCAUAUAUAUUUAUGGCUCUGCUAACUGCAGUUAAAAGAGGACAGAGCUCCUGAACACUCAGUAAGAAGAAGUCUAGAUUUUACUCAUAAACAUAGAGGUAUGUUGGAUGAGAACAGUCACACUGUAAAAAAAAAAGACAGUAAACUUUAUUUAUAGACUGUCUUCAUAAACCAAGGCCAUAGGGUGUACGCUGAAAACUUAACAACAGGAAAGGACCAUAAAAGCAGCACAUAUCACAUGUAUACAUUGACACACAACUCAGGUCAGCUUUUCAAGGCUCCUCACCUUUCUCUGGACAAUCUGCUUUGUAUAAAUGAGGACUUUUUCAGAGGGGGACUGCAGGCUUAGGAACUUCUGGUUAUAAUUUGGUUCUUAAAUCUGGUUAUAAUGCUGAAUAAGAGAAGUACUUUAUCUGGACACCUCAGUGACGCCAGUGUGUUGGAAUUUGUGGGUUGUUUUGAAAGGCACAGUCAAUCAAAUGCAAAACUUGAGCUGACAGCACGAGAAGCAAAGUGAGGACUCUGUUUGAUCUCCUCUGGUUAUUCCCUCUGAGCAUUUUUUGGUCUAAAAGAAGCCUAAUAGACGACUAAAUGUAGACUAGAUAACUGGUCUAAAAUCAGGCUACCACAGGUCUAGAAAUGAAAGUUUUUUAGACGUCUUGAUUUAGACUAGCCGGCUAUAUCUAUACUACACUGUAUAUUGCUCAACGGCUAUCAUAAUUAUUUUGGUUUAGUACUUGGAGAUCAGUUAUGCAACUCACAGUUGCUUUUUGAAAUAAAUAGUUAUGGAAUAACGGGUUUAAGUGCAACGUCUAAUUUCCGUCUAAAGGUAUACAGAAUCUAGACGGUUGAAAUUAGGUCUAAAAAAAAAGCUAGACGUCAAAUAGCCGUCUCGUUGGGUUGUUUUGAAUGAAAUUAUCCUUUUUUUUGACAGCCUUAGCACACCCCCAAAACUCAUUAUGUUUGCCUCAUACAUCAGAGAUGAAAAAUAAACAGGGCAUUUGUGCUCUCUCAACAUAUAAAAAAACAGCCCCUCGAGUAGGUUUCAUAUAAAUGUACGAAAUUUGUUGAAAUUUGGUUGCUAAAAACCGACAAGAAGUCUGUUGUUUUCAUAGAAACACAAAAGGGAGUCUAACAUUUAAGCUUAAUUUUUACAGUAUGGCCUAUAUCCCAAGAGCUACAGGAUCCAUAUUUGAAAGACCUCAUACUUGGUGUUUUGUUCAAUCAUCCCUAAAUUUAGUCUGACUACUGACAAUUUACAUUCAGUCAUGAAAAAAAACCUCCUCUGGGACAAACCUUUUUUUUCCAGCUCAAAAGUUAUGUAAAAAAAAGUAAAGUAACUCUGACAUAAAAAGUUCAAUCUUUCACGUGCUUGAUCAGUAAACAUACCAUAUUAUCAAAAGGUUUGGCAACCAUUUAACCUUUUUUGGGACUAAUUUUUUGAAAAGCAAUUCUUCAAGACCAAAUCUGAACAAAUAGAAUAAAAAAUCGAAGAUGACAGCUCUGCAUUUCAUUCAGGUCACAUUCAGAUACAUGCUCACGCUGAAAUCGACUUUAGUUUUAGCUUUAGGCAGGCGUGAAGUCAUGGUUAGCCAACAGUACAUCAGUGGGUCUUUGCUGCUGCUCUUUCUAUCUCUGCCUUUAUACACUCUGCUGCCUCAGCCUUUUCAUUCCACAACAUGGAAGGAAAGACAAGAGCAAGGAGAGACAUAACUGGGGUAAAUAAAUGUAUUCAUGUUUUUUGGAAAGGAUUAGAGGAACAGUUUAGAUCUCAUACAAAAACCUGAAAAUGAAGUUCAAAUACACCAGUCUGUCUUUCUGUUUGUCUGUCUGUGUCUAUGACCAGCGUCUGUAAUUGUUUUGCAGAUUCAAAAGAGGGUUCUUCCCAGCAUAAAUCCUGUGGGGUUUUUAUAUCUGUAUUUUAAUCCCGUAUAAGCCCCUGUCUGAGGUGUGAUACAUUUCCCAGUGUGCCAGUGGGCAGCAGCUGCAGUUUUAGAAGCAGGUCAGUGUUUAAGGUCCAUAAUGAGAGGAAGUGAACCCCUCAGCACAGAAUAAAAAACUCUGACUCUCACAAUGAGGUUAUUUAUAGAGACAAGGUCAGCCUGAAUGUUUGUGUUUUUGUGAAUUCUUUGUUCUGCUCUUUAACAUGUCUGCAGAUAAAACUGGUUUAUGUUCUCACCUUCACGCCCCUCUAGACAAAAACAGACUUUUCCUUAAUUCCUGUUUCAAGACUUAAGAGGGAAAACUGGAAUAAGAAUCUACAGCAGGGUCAAGAUAUUCAUGUCUAGUUUUUCAUAAACUCAUAGUCUCUUUAAUACUAAUUAUGAUUAUUAUUACUGACUAAGCCAUAUAUGUAUAUAUACACAAUUUAUGUUUAUAUAUUAAUUCAGAUUAGGAUCUUUGGACAACAUCAUAUGAAUGAACACAACAGAUUUCACCGUUUUUUUAGAGCGUACAGAAAUAAAAAUGACUUCCUUUUAGGCUUAAAUUUCUAUAUUUUUUAAAUUCUAUAGAUGUUUUCACACCACAAAGAGUAACAAUCUAUUAAAGGACUUGAUGAGGACUGAUUCAGAAAAUGAAACAAGACACAAAAACAAGAAAUAAACAAUGUUUUUGAGCUGUUUUAGAUUAAUUAUUUGUAAAUAAAACCCUUUUUUCGAUCAAUGCUUAAUGUCAAGUUAAGAAGACAUAUAACAAGCAGGAUAAUGUAAAGUUUGCAGGUGGUUAUGCAAAAGAGAAAGGACAAGACCAGGUGUGAGGACCUCUGGAUCUGAAGUUUGGACCUCCUUUAAAUAUGAUUUCUUACAGUAUAUUUACUUCACUGUUUUGAUCAUGACAUGUCACACUGACUCCUGUGUGACUGUUAAUCCUGACACAUGACUGGAUAUGGACACGAAAAAAACCUAUGUGUGUAUGUGUUGGUGUGUGUGUGUGUGUGUGUGUGUGUGUGUGUGUGUGUGUGUGUGUGUGCACAGGUGUAUAGAUUCUUGUUGGGUCACAGAUUGAUUUUGGACUUAGAGACAGAUUCAGAGAAAUCAGCUGAUCUGCAGCUCUGACAGCCCUGAUCAGAGAGGUCCUCUCCAAAUAUCUGAUCAAUACUUCUAGAAACAUGCCAGUGUCUGUCCUCAUCUAAACAUCAGUUUCCCCGUCUCCUUAUCAUUUAUUCUUUUCUGCCAUUCUCCUAUUUUUAUUUUUCUCUUUGCCUCAUAUGAUAAAAUAAACUCUACUCCUACAAUAACCAUCUAAAUAAUGUGUAAAGGUGGUUUAUAAACCACUCGUUUAUCAUUUACAAAGUAUUACAAACAUCAGUUGCAACUUUACAAUAACCAUCUAAGUAAUGUUGAUAGAUGGUUUAAAAACUAAAUAUUAACAAAGUGCUACUGACACACAUUUUAAUCUAGAUGUUUAACAUUCAUAAACUAUUUGCCAUUUAUAAUUGCUCUAUAUUCAGUUUUUAAAUGAUGAUUAAACAUUAAUAAACUGUCUGUUUUUAAUCAUGGUUAUUGUAAAGUGUUUCCUCAAUCUUUUAUCUUUAUGCUGUAAAGGUUUAUGCUGAUACUUCUUUAUGCUUAACUUGAAAGUCGUCAUGUUAUUACUUCUUAACACUUGUGAACCUGUAUCCCUUCGUGCUCAUUUUCACCUCUACUUUACUAACACACAAACAUGCCCGCUCUUCUCUGUACAUCUUUGCCAGAGGCUUUAUGAUGGUUUGUACUUCUGAGAUAAGCUCAAAUCUGAAUUCAAAAAUGCACAGAUAUAGAGAUGGACAUGUUUUUAUGAUUAUGGGAAACAAAAUUUGAAGCUGAAAUUUAGUCUUCAUUUGCUGACUCCAUGAGUGUUCUUGGUCUUCACCUCACUGUGCUCACAGAAAGUUGGGGUCAGCUUUAUGAUAUGAAUCAAAUGUCUCAGAUACAAUAGGGGGUCGGACUCAAACGAUGUACGGACCCAAAAAUAAGUGUGUCCAUGAGACAGGAUGGAGUGUCGUCUCUAGAAACCUAAACUGUCUGUCUGUGUUUAGGAUUCUUCAUGUUUCCUUUUCCAUAUCAUAGUCUCUAACAGUCUGAAGUGUGUGUGUGUCUGCAUGUGUGUGUGUGUGUGUGAGUGUCUGUCUGUGUGUGUGUCCUGCAGUCCUCAGAGCAGACAAAGCAGUGAUGGUUCCUUUGUGCUCUGAUGAAUCCACAGUGUGAUUUACCGACUCUCUUUAUUAAACGAUGAUUAUCUCUCAGAGCUCCGUCAGCUCUUCUCCUCACACACCCACACACACUCGCUGUUGGUCCUCACACACUCACUUUUUGUCCUGUCCUCAUUAUUUCACACCUGGAGUGGAUGAAGAAAAGACAACUGCAGAGUGAGCUUAAAAAAUGUCUGAGAGUUCGAUCCCUGCGACCAUAAAUACUCCUCUUUAUGUCCCCGUCCUUUAUUUUCUCUUCUCUUUUUCAAAAACAGAAAAAAGGGUUAGUGUUUGAGCUGCUGCAGGAAACUGUUCACUUUAUGCCAUUGUGAAAAUACUCAAUUAUCUUAUUUCACAUUUAUUUUUAUUACUCCACAGUUGAAGUUUUCAAAUACUUUGUGUAAUCUAAUAGUUUGUGAUAGAGGACAGGCAUCCUUAACUUAUAUAUUCAUUUUAAAGAGUUUUUAGAUCUCUCCACAUAAAAGACUAAACAAAGAAGCCAGUGUAUUACAAUUUCUCAAAAGCAAUUCAUUGGACCAGUCUUUGGAUGUGAUCUGGAGCAGACUAUUGUUCUCCACAAUGUUAACCAGAAUGUAUUUAUGGAUUUAACCAACGUCUCUCUACAUCAAACUGUGACUGUUCCCAGCACGAACCACAUGAUAAUGAUAAAUGUCAAACCCUCCGAAUGUGUCAUGUUGUCAGCAAACUUUCCUGUAUACUUUGAUAACUAACCUCACAGCACAGCCCUGCAUGUGUCAAACUGACGGUGGUUUAAACGGUGUUAUACUGUCGAGAGACUUUCACAGUGAUGCGUGCAAAAGAAGGACACAAUGCUCAGAAACACAGUUUGAUUUAAUGAAAGUAUUUAGUCAUUUUAGAGUCUCUAUAUUCCAAAUAAGUGGAACAAGAGACUAUAUGAAUGAAUGAAUUAAUGCUCUAUUUCGAAAAUGCAAUAAAUGAGCAAAACAGAAUAUAGGUAGUACCCAAACACAUGCAUACCAUAAAUCAAAGAAAAACAAGGAUUGCUGGCAACAACCUGAAUGUGUAGCCGAUCUACAUGAUCGAAAAGGAGUAGGAAGAAGUUUACAUUUAUUUAGUCCUACCCCUUUAAUCUACAGCAGUGGAUCAAUCCACAUUAUCUUGCUGGUGAGUGGCUGGACUCUAUAGGGUUCAAAAGUCACCCAGGUUAGAAGUCAUCUUUUAACGUUAGAUCUUUUAUUUAGGGGCCUUUCUCACCCAAAGUCCGCUUAGAAGGUCCGGAUCAGGGACCAAAUGUUUACAUUGUUGCAUUUUGCAUUUGGUCCUGUUAGCGUUCACAUGGGACUUAAGUUAAGGGAACCAAAUGGUUUAAAAAAAGAGGGAAAAUCACUGUCUGUCACUAGCUCAUUAGGGGCACAAUCUUCAUUGUCCCACAAUGCACAGAACAAUGGGCAUCUUGAUUCAUGCAAUUCAACAGAGGUGGUGGAGACGUUGUGGGCAUUAAUGCAAAGGAAUGCCUAUAACUUAUUGUCAGCAUGUUUGUUGAACAGAAGAUCACCCAGGUAUGUAUUUAAUAUUUAUCACCCGACCAUUGUAUUAGACCACAAACCCUCUGUCAUUUGUUUAGUUUUACGGAAAGACUGGUGUUUUGUCUGGCUGUUCUCCAUCUGCUGCAAUCUCUGGCCGGGCAUAAUUUCCAGCCUUUAUUACAGUGUAAAUAUGUUAUUGGUUUAUAUUGACAUAUAACAAGUUUGGCUGCACCAUGGUUUGUUUGGAAGGGGACCAAGUUCUGCAUUUUCAAGAGGACCAUGGUCCAUUUGUUUGAUCCGGACCACGGUUCACUUGCGUGUUUAUACCGCCACCAAAAAAAGUAAGGGGACCAUGGUCCUUUUAAAACGAACCAAACAGUCCUGGUGUGAAUGCGCCUGUAGACCCUAAUUCCUGUGGUCAAAAUGCAGAGUUCCUGGUAAAAGUUCCUGCUGUCAAAAAGCACCUUUAGUCCAGUGGUUAUAAUAACAAGGAUGUUUCCAUUGAUGCAUUUUCAUUAAAAAGGAUAUUAAGUUUUUUUUUAAUCAGUGUGAAAAUAUAUGGGAUAUAAUUAUGAAUUGACUAUAAACUAAACCAAAUCAAACUGAACUGAAUUACUCAUUUUUUAAACUGAAUCAUUGCCAAGGAUUUAAGGAUCGAAUCAACUCAGAUAAAAUCGAAUUUGUUUGUUAAAGAGAGAUUCACACCCCAAGUUUUGUCUCUCACUAUCUGUCAAAGCAGUUUUUCAGCUGUUUAAAUAAAUCUCUUUUCUUUUUAUAUCUGUUUUGAUCGGCUUUUAUCCAAUUCCAGCUGUAAUAAUCAUCGAUAUUCUGUGUUAGAGAGUAAAUGAGUAGAAGUAAUCUUUACGCUGUUAUUGGCAUAGAGGUGCAAAGUGAACACAUCGGGGUGAAACCAAGCGCGAUGAUCAGUGAUACAGCUCCCACUCCUCCUCCUCCUCCUCCUCUGGGUAAUCUGCCACCUCCUUUUUAACUUCCUCUCCCUCCUCCUCUUUCUUCUCCUCCUCCUCCUCCUCCUCAUUGUUGUCAUUAUGAUCCAUGAGCUGAUGGGACAGUUAGUGCUGACAAAAGGCUGCACUCCUCUCUUUAUUCUUCUAUCUCUUUUACGAACUCUCUCACUCUCUCUCUCUCUGUAUCAUACGCACACACACUCACUCCCUCUCUCUCUCUCUCUCUCACUUUCUCACACACACAGUAUUGAAAGCACAUCUGUCUUGUUUUUAGAGGACGUCUGUGCCGCACAAAGGCUGCAGACUGUAUCUGUCACUGCUGAAUGUGUCCAAACUGAAAUAAUAGUUUUAUAGAUCAGCAGCAGUCUGUUUAUCAGAGAGACUGAUUCAGUGUGAAACUCUGCUCUCACACACAGUCACUGUGUCAGAUUGAAGGAAGAAUUACUGUGUAGGUCUCUGACUCUUGGCUAUGGUGAUCAGUGUUGUGUGUUGCAUCAGGUUAGGUUCAUAGCUGGACUACUCAACCUUUUCUGAACCAAAUAAAAACAACAACAAAAACAGAGGAUGUGUAAAGCACCCAUAUAUUAAUAGUUAGGUAUGUCAGCACUGGAGGUAAUGUGUGGUGGUUAUAAUAAAUUUCUUCAUGGAAAUCCAAUCAGACUGGCAGAAGAACUACCUGACUGCAGUGCAAAAUGAUUGAUAUGGUGAUUAUUACUUUAAGGAAAUGAUAAAGAAAUGAUCAUAAAUGUUCUUCCUUGAGCUGCGUCACCCCACUGCUAAUGGACUAGCCUGAGGUCUCGCUACAAACAAGCGGCUGCUGGAAGGGAGUAGGUGAGUUGUGUUUAGUCUCUUUGCCAAAGGAAUUAGGCAAAGUUAAAAAGAUGUUUGGUGGCUAGCACCCUUUAUAUACUGUUGAUUAAGUUAGGUGCAGUUCUGAGCAUUAUUUGUGGCUAUAGAGUGGUGUUUUGGUUGAGGUUUGUUUAUGGCUCCUCAGACUGCUGUGUAUUGCUAUUUUGCGGUUGUUGCUAAAGUUGGUAUAACUAGAGAAGCAAGUAGUCGGCAACAUUCAUCUCUUGAGGGGGUGUCAAACUUGGUGUCACGGUGUGUUUGACCCUAAAUUAAUUUUAUGCCGGAAUAUCCCUUUAAGUUCACAUGUUUUAAAGCAAGAGAAGCAUAAAUGAACAAUCUCUGCAUGGAAAUAACCAACCAUGAUUACCUCAUGGCCAUCCAUUAUUGGCCACACAUCACCACUUAACUACCCUGUCAUCACAACUCAAUCUUCUGUUCAUGCAUUUACUUUAUUUUAUCAUGAUCCUAAAAAUGGCUAUAAACUAAGGUUUUGAACCCAUUUGCAGACAGUUUAUCAAUUGUACACAUCAAUUCACUCUAAAACAUUUUUGUUUCCUACAAUUUUUAGAGUUUCAAAAUUUUGUACAAGGGACCGAACUAUACUUUUAUUCAGUCAGGACCAAUUUUGAGAAAAACAAUUAUUUUCAGACGAUAAGUUUGCCCUUCCAUGUGCAUAUGUGGAGUGCCAUAGCUCGAGGCAGUGAGAAUCCACCACCCCUCUUUUUCAUCUGCAUACAUGGAAAACCAAGCCAGGUAGAGCAGCAGUAAAAACCCAUGGGUACAAGACAGAGCCAGUGUCAGUGACAAUACAAAUGACCAUGGUAAAAGGCAAAAGAAAAAAGGAGUGUUACAGCCCUCGGUGUCGAUAAAACACGGCGUUUUGUUCAACUGGUACAGUCUUUAUUUCUUUAUUCCUACACAGCAAAAAUACAAAUCAUGUUUCAACAUAACAAAUUCAUAAAAAACAGGACUGAAAUAUUUGCAUUUUUAAACACAACUUCACUAUUAAAACAACCACAAUGAUAACCUUUGGAACAGUUUCCCCCUCGACAUUAUCAAGACCAAACACAAUCGCAAACAAUAACACGCCACUCAAAUUAUUUUCACGCUACCUACCUCUCUUCGCCUACCAAGGGUGCAAACUGGAUCCAAAACCCUCUUGUACUCAACCCCCGAGACCAACUGCACCCAAUGAAAAGAAAGAAUUCAACUUUCCUUUAAUUACACUUACUUUUAAUCUUGAGGGUUUUGAGGGGCACUCUUUUGUUGUUGCCUUGCACUCUCCGACGUGAACCUUGACCCGGCGAACCAAUCUGUCAGGCCCUUCUGUGGCUUCCACCACCCGUCCCAAGUGCCACUGAUUUCUUGGAACAGUGUCCUCCUUAAUAAUGACAACAUCAUUUACUUUUCAAGUUCUGAGGGGCAUGCCAAUGAGGAGAGUUUGAGAGUGGUUUGCAGAGGAAGCAGGAAGGGUAGGCCGGUAAAAAAAAAAUAUAUAUAUAUAUAUAUUGAUGUUCAAAGGUGAAAGAGCUUAUGAAGACAGAUUUCAAAAUCACUCCUGUCAGACCUAGAUUAUUACACUUUCACACUCACAUCACAAACUGAUGUUUUUAUAUCAUUUGUCUUGAUAGGUCAUCGCCCCAAAAAUGAACCCUGACAUGAUAAUUUCAUAAAUCUAAAGCGCCAAUAACCACUGUGAGUUUAAAGUUAUGAGAAUCAGCUCCUGCUCUUCUCCUACUUUCCUCUCCUCUUUUUAUCCUCCUUCUCUCCCCCUCCUCCUCCUCCCUCCUCCUGUCUUCAUUGUUUCUCCUCAGCAGCAGUUUUCUCUCUGUCUCUUGUAGACGUGAGGAUCAAUCUUUAGUUUUAAUAGUGUCUCAUCUGUUCUGGUGCCAGUGCAGCAGAAUGAAGCCGUAAUUACUGCCUUUAAUUGAUGACUUUUUACCUCCUCAGACCGUACCUCACACCCCCCUCACUGUAUAGGCCCUCUGCUGCUGUUUGCACUAUAUUUCUACACAUAUUGAUCUCUAUUAUGGUAAAUCCAAUGGGCACAAUGGAACUCUAUCAGCAAAAUGCAGGUUAAUUAUCUCAGGGUCAAAGACGUUUUCACAAAGAGGCGCUUUAAACAGACAGGAGGAGGAGGCGCUAAUCAGAGAAGAGGUGUUAUUCUGCUAAUCAGAGGGAAGCUGACCAUCACUCAAGAUAGUUUGAAACACACUGACUGUUUUAUUCUAAGCUUUAAUGAUCACUCUCUUAAAACCACCAUUUCAAAAAGUUGGGACCCAGUGUAAAAUAUUGAUAUCAGGAUUUAUGGUUUGCUUACCUCUUAAAGCCUAAAUCUUUGUUUCAACAUGUCAUAUGUUGAAACUGAAAUAUUAAAAGUUUUAAGAAAAAAUGUUUGCUCAUUUAGAGCAAUUUUUGAUUCAUCAGACCACAGGACAGUUUUUCCAUUUUUGCCUCAGUCCAUCUGAAAUGGGAUUGGGCCUAGCGAAGUUGCAAGCACUUCUGGACUUUGAUCAGUCUCUGUUUAAUGACAAUGAUCAUUUUUGGAAAAAUUUUCAGAUUAUAAUGGGUGUGAAUUGAGUGGAAUAAUGCCAGAGUGGGUGUCAUCAUCGGCUAGAGUGAGAGAAGUUGCAUGAAAUUGCUUAAAACUUUUCUCUUUCCACUCUCCUCCCAGCCACAAACUACACUCUACAUGUGUGUUUUUUUCCACAGUUGUAGACACAUUUGUUCUGUCUUUAAGGAUGUGUUCAUCUUAGCAGAGAGACUUACACAAUUUAAACACUGAGCUUCUAAGUGCGACAAUGUCUCUCUCUGCUUCUCACUGACACUAAUACAAAGAUUUUCUGAGGGAAGCAGAAGAGACUCCUGUUUUUAACUUGCAAGUGUGUCUAAACUAUUUACUGUUGAAACACCAAAAUCAGAUCAAACUGUUCAGGGAGUCCUAACAAUAACCACUGUCUAAAUUUUUUUUGAAAGAAGCUACGGUUUUGUCAGAAUAAGCCUCUUUUUCUGGACGUUUUGUCUGCCUCAGCCUGCAGUGCAUCUAUCGCCGUGGCAACCUGUGAGCCUCAGGCCAGGCCCACAGCUGAUACUAAUUUACUAAUCAGGGACUGCUCUGAUAUCACUGCAUCAUUGAAUCACUUUUAGAGCAACUUGAUUAACGAUAAAAUGCUGACUCUCGAUCAAAAUCCUUAUUAGGGCCAAUGCACAAAAUUACUAACGUUAUUGUGUGGAUUUUGAUUUGUUACUAGUCCUACAGCUUGAAGAGUUGUAGGACAAAUUAUAGAUCAAAACAUGCAGUUUGAUCUGGAUCAGUGUGCUAUUACUUUUCUAUAUUGUAUACUUUUUUUGGGGGGGAUGUAAGUUGUGAAAAACUUCUGAAAAAAAAUUCCAUUGAAGUCAAUGGGACAUGCCAAAAAAGAGCAUUUAUUGGAGUUCUACUAUCCCUGGCUAUGUUUGUUUUUUUUUUUUUUUUUUUUGUAUAAAUAGAAUUCUGAAAAACAGAUGUUUGUUGUAGGUGUGCUCCUUGUCAAUACAGUAAUAUAAAUAUGCUGCUAGUAUUAAUUAUUUGAAAUCUCUGUAGAAUCCCUGUGGCCCUCAAAAAAAUUUCUCAGAGGGAGUUUUCUAGUUUUGAUCAAACUAUUUUCUCACACAUUCUCUCAGUGUUGAACCUCUUUGUAUACCUGGACCUGUUAUUCACCUGUUGCAAAUUAACUUCAUUAGUGAUGAGAUGUUUCUCCAGAUCUUAUUAGCAUCACACAACUUUUUUAGUAUUUUGUUUCCUGACCCAAACUUUUCUUUGCAGUUGGGGUGUAUUUCACACAGCUGUGAACUUUAUCUCCACUUACGAUUUUUUUUUCUAUUCAUUUAUUUUUUGUUACACUCAGAUACUGUGUAUGUGUGUGUGUUUAGCAGCAGCUUUAAAGUUUGCCUGCACACACCCUGUCAGUGUUUUUACAUUAAACUCUGAUCCUGUGUGUCAGAGCUGUCAGAGCUGUCAGACGUCUGCGUCGUGCAGAUAAAUGGUGUGUAUAAGAAGCAGCAGCAGAGGUGUAUUGAUGGAGGAACACAGUUAAUGGGAUUGAUUGUGGAUAUUGUGUUUGCUUUCUGCAGGGACUCCAGUGAAUCGGAUUCCUAUCAUGGCCAAGCAGGUGCUGGAUCUGUACACGCUCUACAAGCUGGUGACUGAAAAAGGAGGCUUAGUGGAAGUCAUCAAUAAGAAAAUAUGGAGAGAGAUCACCAAAGGCCUCCGCCUGCCCACCUCCAUCACCAGCGCCGCCUUCACCCUCAGAACACAGUAAGACUACAUUUAAAUAUACACACUCCCCAAUAUCAUAGUUCAGAGCUGUGCUGUGAUCAAACUUCGAUGUUUUUCUAUCAGAGGAAGAUUUAGUGUGCAGAGAACAGUCAUUGGGUAUCUCUGUGAUUCAUAUAAUUACAGUUUCUGCGCUCUGUGUGUAAUUCAGACUCUCACUGAUGAGUGUUGGCAAAGUUAUUUCUGACCCAACCUCACUCUUUAAAGGGAUAGUCCAGAUUGUUCACAGCAUGGUUGUAUGAGGUACUUGUCAGUAACUGUUUCACCUAGUUAGCUUGGCCGCUUAUGUUGAGAAACCAGCCAGAUUACUAGAACAGAAGAUAGACAGUCAACUUCUGCAGAUGUGGUCAGCUCCACAGGCUAUUUAGCUCAUUUUAGCAAACUCCGACUGAAGCACUGGUUCUCUUGCUCCAACACAGUUACCACUCCUUUGACUUUCUAGGCCUGAACAAAGCAACCAUGAUCUGCAGACUUUAAUUCUAACAGUAGGUAGGAUGUAGCCCUCAUUAUUUACCACAGUCACCAUACCUGUAUGGUAAUAUCCUUAGUCAUUGCAGGCAUUUUAAGUUCCUGUGCUUGUAUUCAUGAUGUGCUCUCUCCCUACAGGUAUAUGAAGUACCUGUACCCUUAUGAAUGUGAGAAACGGGGGUUGUCCUCUCCAGGUGAGCUUCAGGCAGCUAUCGACAGUAACCGCCGCGAAGGCCGCCGGCAGAGCUACGGGUCGGCCAUCUUUAAUUACUCUCCUGUAGGCACCCCCACCCUGCUGUCCUCGCCAAAGCUACACCUGUCACACCUGUCCAUGCCCCACCACAACAGCAACCACAUCGCCCAGGUGCCUGUCAUCAAGAAAGGUAACACAGUAUGACUAAUAACACAGUAUCAGUAUACAGUCUGUUAAUUUGAUUACCUUUUACUGUUUUUGGGAUUAAACCAGAGAAGAACUGUUAUGUUUGUUUUAGUUUGUUGUCAAAUCUUUUUUCACCAUAUUUAUUUCCACAAGCAUUUAAACAUCUCUCCAGUUCUCCAGCGACACUCCUCUGACUCACACUAUCAGGUGUUCACUUAAACUUAAAGAAACUGUCACUUUAAUUGGAUCGCAGCUUUCAUACAAGGACUGAUCUCUUUUACACACAAACAUUGAGCAUUAAGAGACUUUAAGCAGUGAAAAUUAGUAUUUUACUGAGACAACGUUGAAGAUGCUAGUGUUUUUCCCUUGUCUCCAUACAUCAGGACACUAUUUUUAAUCCCAUCCAGGGAUGCCAGAAAACAAGGACACCAUCACUGCAGUCUCAUCAUUCAGCCACCUCACUUCAGCCCUCCAUGGGUCAGUCUCGAUACACACUGAGCCGAUUUUUGAUGAAGCUGGUGCCCACCACGCUUCAAGACAGUAGUUUUCAUUUUCCAUAACUUCAUGUGUGAUGGUCCAAAACUGAGGAUUAUUAAACUCUUCAAAUUUUUGGUUCUGAUUUUUCAUGUACCCAGGUUUUCUUGUCUUUUAAACAGACUGUUUGCGCUUAUCACAUAUUAACAUUGCUAAACUUAUUUCCUGCAAAGAUGUUGAAUUAGUUGGUAGUUCUCAAUUUAUUAUCUGUAGAAGGAGGUAGCUUGAGUGAUGUAGCUGAAUUCCUCCAUUGUAUGAAACACUAAGUGCAUAAAAAAGUGCUGGUGUAGUUCAGUGGUUGAAGUUUAAAUGCUGAGGCUACAGUCCUCAUUGAAGCAGUCUCAAGUUCGACUCUUGGCCUCAAAAUCUUUGCUGCAUGUCAUCUUUCUAUCUCAACUCUCCAUAUAAAAACAACUGUGAUUGAUCUCUGUUAAACAGCCAAUGAGAUAUUCCAGUGUCAAACAGUAUUUGUCAUUAUUUCUCUGUUUUUGUAAACUGAAAUGUUAAUAAGUGAGUCGUUUCAUUUUGAGAAAGAGGAGCUGAUUUGCGUGAACUAAUCCUCUAACAGACUCUUAGGUUGCAGUUUGGAUCUGUCCAAAAAUUAACAGUGUUUAUUUUUGUAUCUGAUGAUGAAUCUUAGCCUGCUGAGGGGAUAAAAAUACCACCGGAGUAUAUUUUAGUUCUGAUGUGAUCAGCUGAACAGAUUCUAAAUAAAUCAAGUUCAUCUUUAUGGUGGAAACAUCUCACGUUAUGUGUCUCUGAGGAAACAUUUUGUCAUCACUUUACCACAAUUGUGGAAGUUAGCGUGAUAGCAUCAACGAAGCAGAUUUCCCAACAAGAGCCACAUUUGAAUCAUUCUUCUAGAUGAAAUAUGUGGACAAAACGCUCAUCACCACAGAGAGGAACUAUCCACACUUCCUCAUUCCUGUUCACCAGCACCAGCCUGUGGUUGCAUGUCUGACACACACUGAAGACAGCCUGCAGUUUUUAGUCAAAGUUUCAGUAUUCAAUAAAUUUAUUUCAAUGAACAAACUGAAUAGAGCUCAGCCUGCCUGUCACAUCCAUGCUGGGCUCUUUGAGCUCCUAAUCAGCUCUUUGAAGGACCAUUUUUGACUCUAAUAGGCCAGCUCUUUAAACCAAGUGUUUUAUGACUGACACAUGCUCCCCACCUCAGGUUUUAGCACACAUAGUAGCAGCUAAGCUUAUGUCUGGGGUGACACAGCGCAAGGAAGAACAUUUAUGAUCAUUUCUUCAUGGAAAUGCAAUCAGAGGCAGAAGAACUACCACGUCUGCAGUGCAAAAUGAUUAAUACUGUGAUUAUUACAUCAAGGUAAUGAUAAAGAAAUGAUCAUAAAUGUUCUUCCUUGAGCUGCGUCACCCCGCUGUAGUCCAUAAUGGGCUGGCCUGAGGUCUCGCUACAAACAAGCGCCUGCUGGAACAGAGUAGGUGAGUUGUGUUUAGUCUCUUUGCUAAAGAAAUCAGGCAAAGCUAAAAAGAUGUUUGGUGGCUAGUGCUAUGGCUAGGACCCCGUAUGUACUGUUGAUGAAGUUAGGUGCUGUUCUGAGCAUUAUUUGUGGCUAUAGAGUGGCGUUUUGGUUGAGGUUUGUUUAUGGCUCCUCAGACCACUGUGUAUUGCUAUCGUGCGGUUGUUACUAAAGGUGGUAUAACUAGAUAAGCAAGCGGUCAGCAACAUUCAUCUCUCGAGAGGGUGUCUAACUUGGUGUUAAGGUGUGUUUGACCCUAAAUAAUUUUAAGCCAGAAUAUCCCUUUAACACACCAGCCUUGCUCUUCAACUGAAUUCGACACCAAGGCUUCUGUCUGUCUGUCUGUUUGUUCUACCUUUGAUGGUAAAUUGGCUGUAAUCCUAAAACCUUGUGGGAAUGAAAUCUUUGUUUAAAGAGCUAGCAGAGCAUUACAGAGACCAUGAAAGUAGGCGCACAGAUCAGACUGGUACACUCAGCCUAUUUCAGUGACAGAUAUCUCCCCUCCCACAGAAGAACCCAUGAUGUCUGGCUGUCUGCCAGGUCGGGUCACCCUCCCCGUGUCACCUGGUGAUCACCGAGCAGCGGCAGCAGCUCAGGCAGCAGCAGCAGUGCAGGCGGCAGCUCUGGAGCAGCUGAGGGAGAAGCUGGAGGGCGGAGAACCACCACAGAAGAAGAUGAUGAUGAUGGAGGAGCAGCAGAGGUUGAUGCAGCAUGCUUUGCAGCAGAACUUGCUGGCCAUGGCAUCCACAUUGCCCCUGAACAUCAAAGUACACAACAGAGGUCAGAGGUCAAAUGCAAACACACACACACAGACCCACACACACUUACAGACAGGAUGGGCGGGGGGAAGUUGAUUUCACAUACUUUAUAUAUGAUCAGUGUUUACAGGUUAGUUCUCACUCUGUGUCAACAGCCUGAUAAUCAAUAUCUCCAGUUUUGUCAACAGAUCCAAUCCAAAGACCUGAACCAACAGAUCUACCAACACAACUGUGUGUGUGUGUCUCUGUGUGUGUGUGUGUGUGUGUGUGUGUGUUUCUGUAGAUGUGUGUGUGUGGGUCUGUGUGUGUUUGUGUAAGUGUAGGUGUGUGUGCAGAAUCUUUACCAUAAAAGUAGGAAUGUAAAAAACCUGGAAAUGUCUCCCAAAAAAGACGUAAAAAUCUGUGUUCACACACGCUGUAAUGCAGUGUUCCCUCUGUGACUUUAACUGUAUCAUAUUAUUGACAUUGACUGUAAAUAACUAUUUAUUAUCGUAAUCUAUCUUGAUUUAUGUUUUCUACCGCACAGUCAGUCAUGUGAACAUUCUCUCAUCUACAUUUACUCAUGCACUCUUAAAACUGUAAAAAUUUUACACACACAGCUUUAAUUCAUUCAAAUUCAAAGCCUUAAUUCUGGUAACUACAUCUUUGUGUAUCUUUUUAUAUAUUCAUCAUCUUUUGCACUCCUGACCCUUGCACUACUGUCUUUUGCAGUCUUGUAUGUAUAAGUUAGAUUGUUUAAUGUGAAAUAUAGCCUUGUACAAAUUAGUGUAAGAUUCAUGUUUAAUAUUGCAGGAAGAGAGUAAUGUUCACCAAAGUCAGGUCCCUAGUACAAGCACACAUACCUAGCCAUUGGGCUGUUGCAAUAUACCAUCAAUCACCAUCCUUUUUUAAACAAAAAACAAAACAAAAACCGUAUUUAUAUCUAAAAGGGAUAUGUUAAUACCAUGUUUGUGGAGGUGGUCUUUCACGUUAGUUGCCCUCUUUAAUUUAACUCAGUGUAGUGUUUUAUUUUCAGGUUUUUCAUAUAUCAUCACAAUAUUAUCAUUAUAGAUAUAGUAUCAUAAGGGCCAUGAUGGUGAAAAUUUGAGAUCCUGACAGCCUUACUGGCUGACCUUACUCAAAUCUGGUUCUGAUAUGACUUUAUCUUCUCAUGACAUAUCAGAAAUGGCUCACCGCAGUCACAUAUGGAAAAACAACUUGACUUUAAUUUGUAUGAUGACUGGACCUGUUACAUCUAACAUUCAGUUUAACUUAAUGUUUAAAGAGUGUAAAAAAUAUCAUCUAAGAGCAGAUCACCCUCUUACCACCUGUGUUGCAAAUUUCAUCUGCCUUCAGCAUCGACUGACGCACGGAUUAGUUUGCUGACUGGGGCGCAUAUUUCCCUAUCAAGGUUGCUUUUCUAAAGAGCACAGAUUAACAUGAAAUGUGGCGUAGCUUAUUUCCAGGUCCUGUCUCUUGCAUACACCAUAUGCUUGUGAAUGAGACCCCUGGCCUUUGCCUGAUACCCACCUGUAUUUCUUCCAUGUGUCAUCACUCCAAUCGGGUCAUUCUCAAACCUGGUCACAUUGAAAGCAUGACUUAAAGACAGUCUUCAAAUUAUUUUAGACAUUGAUCUCACCUCUCCAUUUAUUCAAGGGAUGAAUUAUGUUUCUUGUAGCGUAAGAGGACACACGUGUUUUGUCAAAUAAUAGUUGAAAACACAAAUGAGCUUUUUGACAAUGAAGUGAAGCACCAAAAAAUUGAGGAAACUUUAAAGUAAAAUACUGAGAAUCUAGAGUUACUGACUAACACACUGUUGUUUUUGUCUUUUUCUAAAGAAAUGAUUAAAUAUAGAAAAACUUUUAACUUUCUAACUAAUAUGUAGACCUGAAUGUGAUAUAACACUGUGAUAUGUGUGUUUAUCAGUCAUGUGUGAGUGUAACAAUGUGUCUGCCUGUUAUCAGACAUAAUGACAGUGUGUGCGUAUAUGUGUAUGUGUGUAUAUGUGUGUGUGUGUUUGAACCACUAAUAGUCACAUAGUUCAUCAUAUCCCUGGUGUCAUUUAAAGCUCACAGAUGUUAUAAAGCAGGCUGCGGCUCAUCAUGAGUAAAAAUGUGUGUGUGUGUGUGUAGCCGGGACAGUGAUGACACGCCAUCAGUCACAUGACUCUUAAUGAUGGUGGCUAAAGAAGAGUGAGAGGGCUCUGAGCUGAGUCUGAUAUCACUCUGUCUGCAUCACCGCACACUCAGAUUAGUCCUAAUAACAGCUCUGACUCCUGGUGGAAACACACACACACACACACACACACACAUGCACACAAAUACAGAAGAUGACUGUUUUCUACAUCUGUGUGAUCACCUGUAAUUACGGUCUCAGAGGAAAAUAUAUACGUCAUAUUUUAAUCACAGCAAAGAGUGAUAGUUAGAUAAAAACUCUGCUCUCAGCGUAGUGUGGUUCAGUCACAGAGAGAGAGAGAGGACCAAUGAGCAGACUAAUGAUAGAUUCAUUUAUAAAGCCUUACAGUGUUGAGUCCAGGGAAUUUAUUAUCCUGAGACAAAAUUACAGGGUCCAAAAAAACAGAUAAACAAACAGUAACCUUAGGUGUAGGAAAAUAAAACCUAUUGUGAAGACCCCAAAACUGCAGUUUUUGCAGUGCCCACUAGGGGCUUUCUCCUGAAGUGAGUCAGUCCCCAUAGAGCCCCAUUUUAAAAUCUUUAAGUUUACUGCAAAAAUUAGAGUAUUUACAACCUGCUGCAAGGACCAAUUUUGUUUCUCUGUAACUAUGACAACUGUCCAGGUUUAAUCACCUCUUUUGUGCAUUAGAUUAAGGAUUAAAGUUAGGUAUGGAUAGACAUAGUUGUAGGGAUGUGGCCUUGAAAUUGCAUUUAACCAACAAUGAAGCAAUUCGAUAUGGUGGCACUUGAACCAGGCAGCAACCUCAGGGAUUGGGAAAAGACAUGAAAAACUGCAGAGUUCAUAUUUCCCAUGUUUAAAUGUCCAACUUUACUGCAGAGAUAAUUGUUUACUGCCUGAUACAAAAAAAAGGGUUUUGAACCACUAUGAAAUAUUCAUUAGUUUGUUUGAAUUAGUAUAUAUUGGCCAAAAAAUUGCUGUUAGUGCCUUGUAUAUCUACACAGAAGUUGCCCCUAUCAUGUAGGUUGCCAACUACACUGCUAUUUUUUGCCCGUUGCGUAGAGCAGACAAACCAGUAGCACUUGCAUUUUUGUACUUAGUGAGUGUCAGUGUCAAUUGCACCAGUUAAAAAAAAGAAGAAGAAGGAAGCGGUUGUUGUUAUAUACAGAAAAAAAAUGUGCUGAUAGACAUUUUAAUGUUGAAUUCACACUUAUCAUGCAUCACAAGAGCUUCUUGUCCUUUUAAGGCCACCAUUGCUUUACCAAUAGGAGGGGUGAGCAUGACCUCUAGAUAUCACCAACAUUCACAUUUCUACAGUUAGGUACAGUGCUGAAUCCUUUACAGCCCAAUUACCAACUUAAGAAGGGACUAUGUAUUCAGAUCAAAGAUGAGGAGAAAUUCACCCCUCCAAGAUUAAGAUAAGAGAAGAUACUCCUGUAUUAGUCCCACGAGAGAAAAUUCCCUUUGUCUUUAAAAUAACCACAAUGGGUUAAGCUUAAAAUUUAAUGUAAGGCUAUAGUCAUGUAAAUAGGUUGUGGUCUGUUCAGCUAAGGUUCAACUGCAUACUCUCUCUUUUUAGUUACCCACUGUAUCCCCUAAACUAUCCCUAUAAACAAAGGUAUAAAAGCCAAAAACUUAAAUUCUGAAAUUUAACUUUUGUCAGGCCAUCAAGAGUAGAAGAAAAAACUUUAAAAUAUUUGUGGAAUGGAGGUCAGAUCAGUGAUUUCUGAUGCAUUACAGCAAGUCAGGAAAUCUAAAUGUGGAUUGAGUGACACAGAAACAAGCAGAUUUGUGUCUGUUGUUUGCUAACUUUGCAUGCAGAUAUCUAUUUAUGGAGACAGAUAAAUGGCUUAACACUUAAACACUGAUGGAAGAUGGGAUCUCAUUGUGGUCCACGUGCUCUCCACACACAGUUUUUCUGCACUCACCAAAGUCUGCUGAUACCUGUUUGGUGGAUUUAUACCACCACCAGACGACAAAUACGAACCAGAACAACUGUUACAUGAAAACUUUUGGGACUUGCAAAGUGUAUUAAAAGAGUAUGUUUUCUGUCACUGUUGCGCUGAUGAUACUGUGAUUUAUUUCUCUGCAAAGCCUCCAAAACUAUCAUUUAAAGAUUACAUAGAAGUGUUACUGCUCCUGAGAUGAUAAAUGUGUGUCAGACAGUGUGAUACGUGUGCAAGUGUGUGCCGUGUGUGCCGUGUGUGCCUGUACCAUCACUUUUAUUCUCCGUGGUUCUCCAGCUGUGCAGUAUUCAUGUACAAGUGACCUGUUUGUGUGUAACAUCUUUGACAGCUCUUUCUCCUCGUCCCGUCGUUCUGUGCGUGUGUGUCCGUGUGUGUCUGACAGCUCUUUCUCCUCGUCCUGUCACUCUGCAGACUCUCACCGAUCCUGGUCCUUGUGUUCCCGCUCUAAAUGCUCAUAUCGAGUUUUCCUCUCUGCUCCUCUCCUGACAGAUGAUAGACAAGAGGCCGCAUUGAACCUGUCUACCAGCGGCAUUAGCAGCAUCAACAUGUCAAUAGAAAUAAAUGGAGUUGUCUACACAGGUAAAUAGAGGGGCCGUUUGCUGAUGUAAUUGCAGGCAGGAAAUUCAAUAAGUUAUAGCAGCACCCCGGUGCUUAGUCCUCCUCGCAAUUUGAUGUCUUUGCUAUAAAAUCCAUCGUAAUGAAGUGGCAGUCCAAUAGAGUUAAAAAAGUUAAAUAUCUCAAAAUUGGGCCUGUGGAGCCCAGGUCGAUGAGGCUUAUUGUCUUAUAUGUGUGCGUGUGCGUGUGUGUGGUUGUAGGGAGGUAAUUACUGCCUCAGCUUUAACACAGACCUUUGUGUCGGGGUGUAAGCCUGCUGACCAUCACUUCACAUCACAGUCCGUCUGAGAGAGUUGAUCCAGUUCAUCCUGAGACGCACUCGCUUUAACCUGUCCGAUAUACAAUACAUACACACACCCUGAGGAGGACUGUUUAUUAUCUUUUUUUGUUGUAUUUUACAUGAUUCAAGAGUGAUUUUAUUUGCUUGUCCUACAGUCAGUCUCAUUUUGUUGGCGAAUUUAACCUUCUUCCUGUGUUAGCUUUUAAUAUGUACCCACCAUGUUAAGGGUCGGUUUUGACCUGUGUCUUAAAUCAGCUGGAGGUUACACUAAAAACAAUUCUCUAUCAUCCAAUUUGGUUCUCAUCUCUAUGUUACCGUGUUAAGCUUCAUUAUCCAUGAAAAUGUUGCUUAUAAUAGUUUUUGUAGUGGGCUUCUGGGCCUUUCUUUGGCUGUGUCUGAAAUGGAUCCCUAACCCCUAAAUAGGCGACUAUAUGGGGGUUAGCGCCAUUUUGAGGGGUGUUCGAAACCUGAGUGAUCAAUUCCAAUGCCCCAUAUAGAGGACUCAAAAUUUCCCAUAGAGCAUUGCAAAAUGUAGUGACUAUCUGAUGGUCACUCACCGGUGGUGGGCAUCCUGUCAUGCAUUGCGUCUUCAGCAGCAACGUCACAACGGUAGUGUCCGAAACCUCCGGUGAUUGAGCUCACUAUUUAGUUAGCUCUUUAGUGAAACCCCAUAUGGAGGUUGGGGAUUGAGUGAUUCAUUUCGGACACAGCCUUUGUUACUAUACCCAUCAUACAGACAUCCAUACUGAACUGAUCUCACAUGUCUGGACAUGCCCGAUGUUGUUUUUCGUGUAGGAAAAAACAGGCAAAAUGAGAAUUUCCUAAAUCUUACAUGAUUGGAAGAGGAUCUGACUGUCAGUGUGGUGCCUUAUGAGUGCACUUGUGAUUUCAGUUUUUGCUCAAAUUAUUAAAUAUUGAUCCAACCGGGUCAACAGCAACCCUAACACGACAAGUGCCAUAAUUUGAAUAAGAGCAUUUUGUAUUUAGUCAAUUUAGUCUUUUUUAUUUUUAUUUUGUUGAAAUAGAGGUUCCUGACAAGGUCAAAAAGUCUUGAUUUUAAAAACUUAUUUAAGUGGUUCUUUUAAGUUUUUAAAAUCAAAAACGGGUCGGUGCAGACCCUAACACAGGAGGAGGGUUAACACGAUAAUAAACAUGUCCCUGUCCCAACUUUUUGUGGAACAUUUUGCAGCCAUCUAAUUUAAAAUGGGCAUAAUUUUUAAUAAAUUAAUUAAUGCUUCAGUUUCAGCAUUUAAAAUGUUGGCUUUGAUGUAUUUUCAACUAUAUUUAGUCUCUGAGUGAUUUGCAAACCAUUAAAAAUUGUAUCUACAGCAUUUUACUGCAUCCCAGCUUAUCAAACUUGAUGUUAAUGUUUUAAAUUAAUUCAAAUACAUGUUUAUGCAUCCAGUUAAAUAUAAACUGAAAGAUCUCUCUGCUCACUGUUUCCACCCUCUAAACUCUGACCUCUGAUCUCCUCAGGUGUGCUGUUCUCCGGGCAGGCAGCGAUGAUGGGACACCGUGGGAGACAUGGCAGCUUUCACACUCAGGAAAAAAGCAGUCCCUCUCAGUUCCAGCCCUCCUCCUCUUCAUCAUCCUCCUCCUCCUCACUCCAUGGCCACAGAAACUCCUCCCCUUGAGCCUCCUGCCUCCUCCCCAUCACCUCCUCCCCUUGUCCAAGCAGGAAGGAGAACUGCAGCUGGUUUUCUCUCUCCAUCCAUUCAUAUCACUGUAGCUGUAAACUUACUCUGAUAUAGAGUCCCCGCCGCCCCACAGUCCGCUCUGCGUUUGAGGAUGUUUGUGUGUUCAUGUUGUGUUUCAGCCCAAAACACAUCUGUUUGAAGCAAGUUCACACAGUAAUGUCAUGUGAAGAAGACAAAUGAAGACUCACUCUGUGUUUGAUCCAAAGACAAGUCUGCUGAGGCUGACCUCAGACUCAAACAGCUCACACCAAAGAAGAAGAAGAAGAAGAAGAAUCCAGCUUUAACACUGAACCACCAAAUCAGAGCCAGAAUACAAAGAGACAAAGCACAUCCAAAGAAAUCAUCUUUAUGAAGCUGUGUGAAGCCUUACAGUUUCACCUCUGACUUUUUUUUUUUUAUUAAGUCUCUCACCUCCAUCAGAUUUUGCUUGGGUUCAUCAUUUCUUGACGUUUAACACAAAACAAAUGCAUUUAUUCUUAUUUGAGGUUUUGUGUCUUUAACUUUAACAGGCACAGACAGAGUAACAAAUCAAGCCCCACGGUUAACCAAAACUUUAUUUACUUUGAUUUAGAACAGGCCACGACAUAAGGUUAAAAAGCCAGAGCUUCUUAGGGCGCGUUCACACCACCAUCGUUUAGUGCGGUUGAACCGAACCCUGGAGCGUUUACCCCCUUUGGUGCGGUUCGUUUGGGUUGGUGUGAACGCUGACCUCGAACUCUGGUGCGGACCAAAUAAACGAACUCUGGUCCGCCUGAAGAGGUGGUCUCGGACCGCUAUCAAGUGAACUCUGGAGCGGUUCAUUUGUGGUGUGAACGUCAUCCACACCAAUCACAGGAAACGCACCACACACAUCAUGGUAGGCUCUCAUUAAUGC